CCUAAAGACUUAUAACUUAUUACUACCACUAUUAUCGCCAAUUAAUUUCGCCAUGGCCCGACCACAACAACGAUACCGAGGAGUCCGCCAGCGCCAUUGGGGAUCUUGGGUUUCCGAAAUUCGUCAUCCUUCAUUGAAGACAAGGAUAUGGCUAGGAACAUUUGAGACAGCAGAAGAUGCUGCACGGGCAUACGAUGAAGCUGCAAGACUUAUGUGUGGUCCAAUAGCACGCACUAAUUUCCCUUAUAAUGCAAGCGAAUCUCAGUCGCCGUCAACAAGGUUUUUGUCUUCUGCUUUGAUAGCUAAACUUCAUAUGACAUCUCUUGGCACGUCAACAAGAUCUGGAGCGACAAAAUUGGACAAUAAUCAGAUAUUCCCACAAAUUGGGAACAAGGGAGAUGGCAAAAUGCACCUUGACAUGCCAUAUAGCGAAGUUCAGAGCGAGAGAGCGCACCAAUUCAAGCCACUGGAAGAUCAGGAUAUAGAGCAGAUGAUUGAGGAGUUGCUUGAUUACGGAUCUAUUGAGCUGUCUUCUGUUCUCAAUCAAUAAACCAUGAAUCCGAUGCAGCAUUGCUUGCUUAAUUAGUUUCUAAUGGAAAUAUUCCUUCUGUCUCUCUAACUCGCUACUUAGUGUUGUGUACUUCAAUAUACUCGACUUAAUUGGUGUCUAUAGUCAUAAUUCAAUAAUUCCAUUGCUAAGUUCGGCUGAAUUCAUUAUUUGACUAAUAUGAUCUAAAAAUAUAAUAACGUCGUACUACUAUAAUGAUGUUAUAGUAGGUGAGAAGGUGUCAACCACUAGCUCUGGCAAGUAGGAAAAGAGGUAGAGGACGGUCUAAGAAGUAUCGGGGAGAGGUGAUCAGGCAGAACAUGAAGCGACUUGAGCGGACAUGACCCUUGACAAGAGGAUAUGGAGUUCGAAGAGUAGCGUAGAAGGGUAAUCAUUAGGGCUAGCUGACUAGUAUGUUGUCUUCAAUUCUUAGAGUGCUAGUAUUAGGGUGGUUUUUUUUGGACUAUAUUUCGCUUCGUUUUUCUAGUA